UUACAGAGAAAGAACUGCAUGUGUCCAAGAAGGAACACAUGACCUCAGGAUGACCCCGGAGCCAAGCUCUUCAGUCUGCAAAACUCAGAGAAGAGAAAUAUUGCCCUGGGCCAUUUACAAAGUGAGACCUCCUUCAGUGAGGAAAACCUGGCUUCCUGUAACCUGAGUAGCUGAAAUGGAGUAAUUGAAGACUAGCCAAUUAGCUUCCAAGUUAGAAAUUCCCCUGAUCCCUUAGAUUGCACCCAGGCUCCUGGAUUGAAGAGAGAUUUGAUACCUUGCCCCCUUCAUUGGUUGGCCUUGCAGUGAAGCUCUUUUCUCUAAAGCUCUUGCCAUAAGCGUUGACUUCUCUGAGCAUCGGGCAGUGAGCCCAUGUUCCUUGAGUUUGGGCAGCCUUGUUGAGAUUUAGGACUUGUGACCAUCUGCUUGAUGCACUGUAGCCCCUGGUGGGCCCUCAACACCAACCCUGAGUGGCCACCUAUACUGAGUUUGUCUAGAGAGUUGGCUCUUGGGUUCCUGUUUCCUAGCCAUGGCACUCUGGGCUCCUCUGGCUUCUGGGGCUCCUUUCACUUUUAAGGAAGGAAACAGCUCCUGGAUCAGACAUCUUUGGGAGAGGAACAAAGUGCUCUGAGCCACAGAUAGAGAAGCCCUGAAGGCUUUCCUACAGCUCCCACGAAUGCAAUGGCUUUCCAGGGAGACCUCAAGCUCCUGAUAAGAGUGCUGGUUGACGUCAACUUCUAUCCAUGAAGGCUGGGAAGAGGCAGCAAGCAUUGGUUAAAGACAGUUGGUCCAGGCUCUGUUUGCUGGCCAAAAGGUGCCCCAAUCUCCUGUCUGUUGGCCCAGACUCCCGCCUGCGGUCCCUGACCACAGCCAUCAUGCCCCGUGGGCAGAAGAGUAAGCACCGUGCUCGUGAGAAACGUCGCCAGGCCCGAGCUGAGACCCAGGGUCUUCAUGAUCAGGCGUCCACAUCUAGGGGAGAAGAGACCACCUCCUCCUCCCCUCCUGAUUCAGAGAGCGCUCCGUCAAGCUCGUCUGCUGCUGGCACCUCCAAGGGGCCUCCGGGAGCCCAAGGCACCACCAGUGCUGCUGCAGGUGCUAUACGCAAAAGAUCUGGUGGUGGUGGCGCAGCACGCUCGAGAUCUGCAGCGCAUGGCGCAGCACGCUAUAGAUCUGGUGUAGGUGCCAAGGGCCAAGUUCAUAAAGGUGAAAAUUCCUCCCAAGCCUCAGCUGCUGCUGCGAGCUCUUACACAGAUAUUCUGACCAGGAAGGCACAGAUAUUGGUGGAGUACCUGCUGUUUAAGUAUAAGAUGAGCGAGCUCAUUGAGAGGUCUGAAAUGCUGCAGGAAAUCAAUAGAAGGUACAGGAAACAAUUCCCUGAGAUCCUUAGGAGGGCCUCUGAGCGUAUGGAGAUGGUGUUUGGCCUGGUGCUGAAGGAAGUCAGGCCCAACAGUCACUGCUAUACCCUGGUGAGCAACCUAGAUCUCAGCGACAGUGAGUCUAUGAGAGGUGACGGGGGGCUGCCGAAGAAUGGUCUUCUGAUGCCUCUGCUGGGUGUCAUCUACCUGAAUGGCAACCACGCCCCUGAGGAGAAGAUCUGGAAGUUCCUGAAUAUGCUGGGCAUCUAUGAUGGAAGAAGUCACCUCAUCUUUGGAGAGCCCAGGAAGCUAAUCACAGAAGAUCUGGUGCGGGAAAAGUACCUGGAGUACCGGCAGGUGCCCGGCAGCGAUCCCCCUCGCUAUGAGUUCCUGUGCGGUCCUAAAGCGCUCACAGAAACUAGCAAGACAAAAGUCCUGCAGUUUUUGGCCAAGGUCAAGGAUUCGGUCCGUCCUGCCUUGCAGCCGCAAUAUGAAGAGGCUUGGAGAGAGGAAGUAGAGAGCACCGGAGCCAGAGGUGCAGCCAGGGCUGGCACUUCUGCCUCAACCAGGCCUGGCACUGCUGCCUCAGCCGCUGCUGGCAGUUCUGCCUCAACCAGGCCUGGCACUGCUGCCUCAGCCGCUGCUGGCAGUUCUGCCUCAACCAGGCCUGGCACUGCUGCUUCAGCCGCUGCUGGCCGUUCUGUUUCGGCCAGGCCUGGCACUGCUGCCUCAGCCAGCGCUGGCCCUUCUGCUUUGGCCACUGCGCACCCCAGGGCCGAGUCCAGCCGCUCAUCUCGCCCCUAGUGUGAUCUGAAGCCCGUUGUUCACUUUGUGGCUAGAGAAGCCGGUCAACCUGUGUUCCUGAUAUGCAUCAAUAACUUGUUGUCUUUAUUUCCCCCAAUUUUCAGUUGUUAAAACUUUUCAACAGAAAGGUCAUUUAGAGUCAUGAUAUAAGUAUAUGAAUAACAUGGGUCACACACACUUUGCUGUUUGUCAAAUUUAGGAGUCAGAAUUUUGUUUUCUCCAAUAAAUAUUGGAAAUCCUCACAUCACUUUUGUGAUCCAGGAUGAGAAUAACAUCACUUUAGGAUGAGAGUGUCCUUAGAAAUGUGAAAGACACCACACUAAUAGAGGCUCAGAACAUUGAUACA